AUGGCAUCUGUGGACAAGGAGGAGAGUGAAAGACCAAACGAUCAAUCUGCAAAUGCAAAUACUUCUGAUGAUUGUCUUUUAAGGGAUAAUUAUGUUCAAAGACAGGAGGAGUUUUUUGACAAUCACAUAGAUUAUAGCAGCCAAAGAACAUGUUGUGUAGAGAGAAACGAAGUACACUUCUCAGAGCCAGCAAGUAAUUUAGACACUGUGAAAGCAGACUUGAAUGAGCCAGUAAUCAACAGCGGUAGUGAGUGUAGGAAUUCUUCAUCUGAUUCACAGCCUAGACUGACUUCGAAAGCUUCUGUCCAACUUAAUGAAGACAGUGGCAUUGAGAGAGUUGGUGACCUGAGAUUAAAAAAUAAUGACGAUAAUAGUGACGAUGAGUAUCAGUCUGCUGAUGAAGGUGAUAAAGAUUAUGAUAAUUGUAAAGACAAUGAUCAAGGCAACGAAGACAGAUUUUUGUUGCUAGAAAAUAAAGAUAAUUAUGCAGAUGAAGAAGGUGAUGAUUCGGUGUCUGAUGACAGUGUUACUACCAAGGAAGAGUCAGAUGAACAAAAGGCAGAACAAGCUAUCAUAGAUGACUUGGAAAUUAGAAAAAGUAUGGAGGAAAAAUUAACAGAAGAUGAGAAGAAGGAAAGAAAAGAAAGAGGCCAGAAGUUGAAGGAUGAGGGAAAUGAUAAGUUUCGCGGGGGUAACUAUGAUGAAGCCAUUAUUGCAUACACAGAAGCAUUGGAUAUAUGCCCUCUAAGUUUUCACAAAGAGAGAUCAAUCAUGUUUGCUAAUAGAGCGGCAUGUAAGAUGAAAAAAGAACUAUAUGAGGGAGCUAUUCAGGACAGUACAAGUGCAUUAGAUCUUCAUCCACAUUAUUUGAAAGCACUCCUCCGCAGAGCAGAAUUGUAUGAGAAAACAGAAAAACUUGAUGAAGCUCUCAAAGAUUAUCAGAAAGUUGUAGAGCUUGAUCCUUCUCAGGGCAUGGCCAGAGCAGCGUGUGUGAAAUUAGCAGAACAAAUAAAGGACAGAAAUGAGAAAAUGAAGGAGGAAAUGAUAGGAAAACUGAAAGACCUGGGAAAUCUUGUUCUGCGACCAUUUGGUUUAUCAGUCAACAACUUCAACUUGCAGAAGGAUCCUACAACAGGCUCAUAUUCGGUGCAGUUCCAGCAGAACCCUCCCAACAAUGGAUCAUGA